CCCGACUCCCCGAUUGCGACUUCCAGCGCACUUACUGGUCGCCUGAGCGAGCACCCGGAGUUCACCGUGGCCCUCCUGGAGGCCGGAGGCCCCGAGCCGACCGCCACCCAGAUCCCCGGCACGUACUUCAGCUACCUCAAGUCCGACAUCGACUGGAACUACCCCCUGGAGCCCCAGACCAACGCAUUCCUUGGCGCUGCUGACGGUCGCGGGUACUGGCCCCGCGGGAAGGUGAUGGGCGGCACGGGCGUGCUGCACGGGAUGAUGUACAUGCGCGGGAACAAGUGGGACUACGACAACUGGGCCGCUCUCGGCAACGAGGGCUGGAGCUUCGACGAAGUGCUGCCGUACUUCAAGAAGUCCGAGGACAACCGCCAGAUCGGCACCUACGCCGAGGCCGACUACCACGGCACGGGCGGCCCCGUCACCAUCGAGCAAUUCCACGACCACCCCCCGCUCGCCGACUACAUCCUGGCCGGCGCCAAGGAGCUGGGUUACCGCGCGCUCGUCGACCUGGCCGGCCACAACCAGACCGGCUUCACCCUCGCCCAGUCCACCACCCGCGACGGCGCUCGCCUCAGCCUGUCCAAGGCCUUCCUGCACUCCGCCGUCUACCGCUCCAACCUCAAGAUCAGCCAGCACUCGCUGGCCACCAAGAUCCUCGUCGACCCGGCCACCAAGCGCGCCACGGGCGUGCAGUACGAGCGCGACGGUGUGCUUCACAACGUGUACGCGCGCAAGGAGGUGAUCGUGAGCGCGGGCGCCGUCGCCUCCCCGCAGCUGCUUCUGCUCUCCGGCAUCGGCCCCAAGGCCGACCUCGAGGCCUUGGGCAUCGCCGUGCUGGCCGACCUGCCCGUGGGCGAGAACCUGCUCAACCACGUCUCCUUCACCCUCAAGUUCCGCAUCUUCAGCGAGAUCGCUCACGAGACGCUCAGCAACAGCACCGUCUACGAGUUCAUCACCAACCGCACCGGCCCGCUCACCUCCACCGGCCUGUCCCAGCUCACCGGCUUCAUCCGGUCGUCCGUGCCCGGCGGCGACGCCCCCGCCGACGUGCCCGACACCCAGAUCUUCUUCGCCGGAUUCCUGGCCAACGCCUCGCGCACCGGCGCCGACGACGAGCAGCCCAUCACGGGCCCCGUGCCUUACUUCGAGAUCACGCCCACGCUCCUGCGCCCGUCCAGCGCCGGCACGCUCAAGCUGCGCUCCACCGACCCCCACGACGUGCCGCUCAUCCACGCCAACUACUUCGCCGUCGACCGCGACCUCGACGUGCUCGUCGACGCCAUCAAGUUCUCCCUGCGGCUGGCGCAGACCAGCCCCCUGCAGCAGCUGCAGGUGGUGCACGACACCACCCCCACCGCCGGCUGCGAGAGCAUCGAGUUCGGCACGGACGAGUACUGGGCGUGCUCCGUCAAGUACCUCACCAACCCCGAGAACCACCAGGCCGGCACCGUGUCCAUGGGCACCGUCGUGGACUCCCGCCUGAAGGUGAAGGGCAUCGAUGGCCUCCGCGUUAUCGACGCCUCCGUCAUGCCCCGUGUGCCCGGCGGCAACGUCAACGGCCCCAUCAUCAUGGUCGCCGAGAAGGGCGUCGACAUGGUCGUCCAAGACAACGCCGCCGCCUCCAGCUAGGGCGCUUCGAGUAAAUGAUUUUUCCUUUGAAGAGAAAUGCAAUUGCUUCACUGGUUUUCGAUUCCCAAUUUCUUGUUUUGUCGAAUAUUUACUUCUUCUCAUCGACGCUGAAAAUGCCAAAUAUCUUGUGAAUAUAGAAAAUUGCCUGUUGUUUUAACUCUUCUACAAAAUUGUUCCCUCCUUGUUAUUUAAUAAAAAUUGUUUUAUAUCAAUAGUUA